CAAUGGAAGCUUCAGUCAUCUGCUGGGUGUUUUUCACCCUGUUGACCUUGUCUCCAGUCCUUUGGGCUCAGAGUAUAGUGCAAGUGCAUUCUGGGCUCCAAGUCAGCCGAGGAAAGUCUGUUUAUGUGACCAACAAGGAUCUGCAGCUCAGUCUCCCUGAUGAUGUGAAUUCCUGCAAGGUGGAAGUGGUAUUGAAUGAACCCGUGACACAAAGAGUUGGCAAACUCACACCUCAGGUUUUUGACUGUAACUUCUUACCUGAUGAGGUCAAGUACAUUCAUAAUGGUAGUCCUUUACUGGAGGAGGACACAGUGAUGCUAAGAAUCUACAGAUUUACACAUUCUGAGACUUUCAUAGAGACUGUUCUGCUGAGGGUGAGUGUGGUGGACCCCCAUGACAGCCUUAUCCAGUUUGGGAGAACUCCUUUGGUGGUCCCUGAGUUCUACAGCUUGUCUAACAUCAUUGACAGCAGAGUACUGACAUUCCAGAGCAGACCAGGAGCGAUCUGCAAUGUCCGUCUUCUCAACUCUGAAACUAGCAUGCCAGCAUUUGGACAGCUGGUCAAGGGCGAAUCCUCCAUGUCAGUCCCAAAGACAGACAUAAGAAGGUCCUCUGGAAAUAACUCAGAGGCAAGAAUGGGUAGUCAGACUCGAGACUCAUGUGCUGGUAACAAAGCCUGCAUCCAUGGCGCUAAGGAAGUACGUUUUUUAAAGGCCAACUGUGAGGAAUUCCUGAAAUCAGACUAUAAGUACCAGCAUCUCAAUCCUCCAUCCCCCGAGAUUGAUUACAUUACAAUCAGAGUGGAGCUGCGGGACAACAUCUCCAGGGCACUGUUGGAGACAGAAAGCACUUGGAUCCCAGUCCUAAUUCAUGGUGCCAUGCAGAACCAGCCCCCCCAUGCUGCCUUCAUGUCAAUGUUCAUCCUGGAGGUGGACCAGUUCAUUCUCACUCCCAUGACCACUGCUGCACUCGAUGCCAAGGACGAUGAAACCACUCAAGACCAGUUGGUGUUCAACAUUACUAAGCCCCCACCAGAGGGGUAUGUCACUCACCUGGAUGACCAUACCAAGCCAAUCACCUCCUUUAUCUGGCAAGACUUGCAUGAGAUGAAAAUUGCGUAUCAGCCCCCUAACAUAAGCUACACUGGGAGAAGGAACUAUGAGGUUGAGUUCCAGGCCAUUGACACUUCCUUUGCUACCAGUCCUACCAUACUGGUUCACUUCUCAGUCCGGACCGCAGAAACAAAUGCUCCUCGAGUGUCCUGGAAUAUGGGACUGGAUUUACUGGAAGGUCAAUCCAGACCAAUCACCUGGGAGAAUUUGCAGAUUGUGGACAGUGACAACAUCGAUGCAGUCUAUUUGGUGGCUGUGGAGGGACCUUCACAUGGGCAGCUGAGUGUGCGAGGUGGGAAAGGUUUCAUGUUCAAGGUGCAAGACCUGCAUGAGGGUGUAGUGGUGUACCAUCAUUCAGACAGCGACACCAUAAGGGACCAUAUAGUGUUCCGCAUCUCUGAUGGUCAGCACAGCAUUCGACACAAGUUCCCCAUCAAUAUUCUCCCAAAAGACGAUACACCUCCAUUCCUCAUCAACAAUGUGGCAUUUGAGGUGCAGGAGGGGGGUUCUGUUCUGGUGGAGGAAUACAUGUUAUUAGCCUCAGACUUGGACUCCAGCGAUGACUACAUCUUCUAUAAGGUUCUUACAGUUCCACGAGCCGGAGAGUUGAUUAAGAGGUCAUCUGCCCAGUUCCCAGGUGUGCCAGUGACUAGUUUCCUGCAGAGAGAUUUGUCUCAGGGCUUAAUUUAUUACAGACACUUUGGUGAUGAGGUAUUUGAAGAUUCAUUUGACUUCAUCCUCUCUGACAGCCACCAACCCCCAAAUCUGUCAGAAAGACAUACUGUGGUGGUUCAUGUUUCUCCAGUAAAGGACCAGCUGCCAGAGGAGGUGCCAGGCAGCAUCCGUGCCAUCACAGUGAAGGAGACAGAAAUUGUCCACCUCACCCAGAGCCACCUGCACUUCAGGGACCAAGAGUCUCCUGAGACAGACCUCAUGUAUUCCAUCAUUCAGCCCUGUUUCAGCCCCACAGCAUCCAGGAUGCAGGAUGCCGGCAGGCUGUUCUAUACUGACAGUGCAUACUCCAUGAAGAAGGAUCCCACUGUUCCAGUGCUGAAGUCUUUUACUCAGCAUGCAGUGAAUCACCUGAAAGUGGGGUACAUGCCCCCCCUCGAAGACAUUGGACCAGAGCCUCUUUUUGUGCAGUUUAUCUUCUCUCUGAAUGACCAGCACGGUGGCACUCUGAGCGGCCUUGUCUUCAACAUUACCGUGAUGCCAGUGGACAACCAGCCUCCUGAGAUGUUCACCAACUUGAUGAGGGUGGAGGAGGGAGGAAGUGGCUUCGUGACCGAAGAGCACCUCCUGGUGCGGGACACGGAUAGCCAGGACACCCAGCUGAUGUUGCAGCUUCAAACAGCUCCUCGGCAUGGACAGCUGGAGCUGCAGGGUAUAGCGUUACUGUCAGGGGACAACUUUACUGUCCAGGACCUGAGGAGGCUCAGAGUCAGGUAUAUUCACGAUGACAGCGAAACUCUUGAAGACAGUAUUGACCUCAAAGCAACAGAUGGCACAAACUCUGCUUAUGGAUCACUCUCUGUGCAGAUCCUGCCUGUGAAUGAUGAGCCGCCCCUGCUCGGUGCCGGGCUACGAUCAGGCCUGGAGUGUGCAGAGGGGGGACGUGUGCAGGUGAGCGCGGACUACCUGUCUGCCACGGAUGCAGACAGUGAUGACGCCGAGCUCAUGUACAUGUUGGCACGGAGGCCAGCCCAAGGAGAACUGCAGAGAGCAGGCAUGGCAGUGGAAAAAUUCUCUCAGUGGGAUGUUGUCCAGGGGUUGAUCUUCUACGUGCACACAGGUGGUGAGAUCGGACCCCACCCUGUCUUAGACCCCGUCACCUUGAUUGUGUCAGAUGGAGAAGCUGGCCCUCUGGAGGGCUGCUGCCAUGGAGAUGCUCCACCACCACCUGUCCCUUUGCAUGGAUUCCUUCCUGUAUACGACCUCAACAUCACUGUACUUCCUGUCAAUAACCUGCCCCCUGUUAUCACACUAGGAGACAUGAUUGUGGUGGAUGAGGGUUCCUCUGCUUGUCUCUGUGGGGGGUUUCUGGGGGCAACUGAUCCUGAUACACCCCAGGACCAGCUCCUGUUUUCCAUUGAUGUUCCACCCCAGUAUGGCUUUAUAGAGAACACCUUGCCCUCACCCGGGUUUGAGAAGAGCAACGCAGGACUCAGAGUUUACUCUUUCAGCUGGCUGCACCUCAAUGCAGGGUACAUCAACUAUGUCCAGUCUCAGCAUGAAGGGACAGAGCCUGGAGCUGACCACUUUGUUGUGACAGUCAGCGAUGGGGUGCAGAGGUCAGCCUCAGUUCCCUUCUACAUAAUCAUCAGUCCUACAAAUGAUGAGAUGCCCACACUGCUCCUCAGCAACUUCUCUGUGAUGGAGGGAGGCAUGAAGGACUUGACUCCACAUAUUUUGGAUGCGGUGGAUUUAGAUGUCCCCACAGACACACUCACCCUCUCAGUUGUGGUGCCACCAGCCCACGGGAUGCUACUGAAUGGAAUCUACGGAGAGCAGAUGAGCCGCUACAGGGAGAUGGGACCUGAACUCCUCCAGAGAAGCCUCAGUGUGAUGGAUUUCACCCUGCAGGAACUUCGUCACGGAAUGAAGAUCAUAUACAUGCACGAUGACACGGAAACCCUCAAGGACGCUUUCACCAUGCAGCUGACAGAUGGCAGGCACACAGUCCAGGGGACGGCGCACGUCCGCGUCCUACCAGUCAAUGAUGAAAAGCCACGGCUGCUGAAAAAUACUGGUCUGGAAGUGGAGGCAAUGGAGAAGAGAAUUAUCUCCAGUGUGGUAUUGGAUGCAGAAGACCUGGACACCCCCAUACAUAAAUUGUACUACAUCCUCAGUGUUGGCCCCAAGUUCGGACAGCUGCAGAUGAAGAAAGAGGAAGGCUGGAUUCAUCUGAGACCAGGCCAGAACUUCACGCAAGAUGAUGUGGAGAUGAACCGCCUGUGGUACCUGCACACAACCAUGCAAGGAACGAAAGGUCACGACAGCUUCCACUUUUUCCUCACCGAUGGGGAGCACAAAUCUUUGCCCCACAGCUUCUUCAUCUCGCUCCGCACAGUACGAAAAGGGGACAUCACCCUUGUCACCAGGCCCAUCACCUUGAUGGAAGGUCACAGGGUCGUCCUGAACACAGACAUCCUGUUGGCCAUGGACAACACAGGCAAAGCAGAAGAGCUGGUGUACACGGUAUCGGUUCCUCCGAACCACGGGCACCUUCAUGCAGUGCAGCACCCUGGCAUCGCCCUCACCAGCUUCACCCAGCUGGAUGUGGCAGCCCAUCGAGUAUGCUAUACCCACGAUAACAGCCGCUCAGCCAAGCAAGAUUCCUUCAGCUUUGUCAUCAGCAAUGGUGUCACAUCGAAAAGUGGCUCCCUGCUCUUCAAUGUGGAACAUGGUGACCGCAUCCCUCCUACCCUAGUGACCAACAAAGGGCUCCAGCUCAUGGAGGGUACAGUGGCACUAAUCUCUCAGGACAGUCUAGAGCUGACCGACCCAGACACCACAGUGGAUAACUUGACUUAUGUUGUAACUCAGCAACCCCUUCACGGAAGGUUACUACUAAGAGGACAGCCUCUCUCCCAACCAAGAUUCACACAGGGUGAUGUGAACAACUUGGACCUGACCUACCGGCAGCAGAGUGUAAAGGCCCAGAUGGAUAAGUUUGCUUUCCUGCCCUCCGAUGGUACAAACAAAGGGUUUCUGCUGCAUGGCCAGCUGAGAGAGGAUCCAGUCAUUUUCAUAAUACAGGUGGAGCAUGUAGAUAAAAGCCCCCCAAGCCUGGUGACCAAGAGAAGCCCUAGUACAGUGGAGAACCUGCAUGAUGGCAGGCAGGGCAUCUACAUCACCUCCAGAGACCUGCGGGCAUCUGACCCUGACAGUCCAGAUCAGGAGCUGGAGUUCACUAUCCUCAGACCACCACAUUUUGGGCACUUAGAGAACAUCCUCACAGGGGGAUACAUAAGAGGCCGCUUCACACAGAAGGACCUGAACCAGCGUGCGGUGCUGUACAUUAUUGACCCCAGUGUGGAAGUGACAGGAGACAGCUUUGAGCUCCAAGUCAGUGACUCUGCAGGAAACACCAUGCUGCCGGAAGUCCUGGAGCUGAAAUGGUCUCGUGUAGAGCUGUCAGCGACGUGUUUCCGUGUUUGUGAGAACAUGGGGGUGUUGCCCCUUCAAGUGACACGCACCGGGAACAGCGCAGACCCUGCCUAUGUCAGCAUCCAGGUGGAAGAGGGCACUGCCAAAGUGGGGAAAGAUUUUACUCAUAGCUCAGCCAGUUUGAUCCAGUUUGAUACAGGGGUCAAUAUCAAAAGUUGGAAAAUCAAUCUUAAGGAUGACGGACUGGAGGAGAACCAUGAGAACUUUGAGGUGGUCUUGAAAGCGCAGAAGAAUGCAGUUCUGGGUCAGAAAAACCGAGCAACUGUAGAAAUUGUGGACCCCAGAGGAGGGAGUUGUGACCCACAUGAGUUAAUAGUUGAGGAGGAGCAGAAACAGACCCAACCAUUUCCUCCCCCUCCUGUCCACAUACCACCUUCACGCCCUGAGGAAGCGCAGGUCCCCUACUCACAAGCAGAUUUCCCCUCGGAAGACCACCGGCCUCCUCUUUGGGGAGACAUCCCGAAACGUCACCCCUUCCCGGACUACACUGCGGGAGAGGUACAGGAUCAGGCCUACCCAAGUGCACGGAGGAGGCAACUGAGAGUCCUGGGCAACCAGGAGCACAAAUCACAGAAGAACCUCCUGUCAGAGAUUGAGCUGAGGAAUGGAGAGAAAAUCUGGAAGUUCCAUGGGAUAAGUCCCCUGAGGGUGGAGGAGGAGGAAGACCCUUUGAUUGUCAAACCGGUGCCCCAAGGCCACACAGAGGUGGAGGUCACUCCUAUCUGGACCUGGUCUGAACAUCUCCUUCACCGAGAGCCAGUGGGAGAGGACCCACAGGGUGACUCCCCUCGACCUGCAUCUCACACUGCAGAACACAUGCAAAAGACUGGGAAGCCCAGUGGCAGCAUCUGCCCUGCAGGCUGGACCUCCCACAAGGGGAACUGUUACACCCUGAGCCAGGGCAGGGCCAGCUGGAGCAGCGCUCAACAAGCCUGCACCUUAAUGUUCAACAGUAAUUUGGCAAGUGUCCACUCCAAAAAAGACAUGAAGUGGCUAUGGAAGUUUGCCAGCAAGCAGCCGUUCUGGAUCGGGCUGAGUGGCACACCAGGGCAGUGGGCCUGGACUGAUGGCCGCUUCAUGACAUUCUCCAGGCUGAGGAGCCACAGCAAUGCUGAAUAUCAGUCCCUGGAUAGCACUGGUCUCUACUGUGUGCUGGCCCAGAACCAGAGGACUUGGACACCAGAGAACUGCACUGCAGGCCCAGAAUAUAAAUACAUAUGCUCCGCAGCAGUCCAGGACAUCCUCAUGUCACAGCAAAGACCAUCUAGUACAAAAUAGCAUAAUGCAUUUCCACAGGAAUAGUCACGCAAACUGCAUUUUUUUUUACUAUUUUUAUUAACUUUAAAAAAAU